AUGAAACGACCAGAUCGUCAAAAGCCUGCUUUAAGAAUGUUGAUGGAACUCUUCAAAUAUGGCAAGUCUGGAUGGGAGUUGGGCCUGGAUGGGCUCGGCAAAAGGACCAGUAAAGACCAAUCCAACUUUCGAAAGAAGCUUAUAAAAGUUUGCAAGUCGACAUUCAAUGGCAGCAAUAACCAUAUGUGGUGCCCUAUUGAACAAUACAUGGUAACGAAAUCCGGCAUGAAAGCUGCGCAUAUAUUCCCCUGGAAGCACGGACGAAACGCUAUGGAUUGCUUAUUCGCAACAAGUAACGAGAUGUUCUCGCCUUUAAACGGUAUAAUGAUGGGUGAGCAAGCUGAAGACCGGUUUGAUCGCGGAUACCUUUGUCUUGUUCCUGCCGUGAAUGACAUCCGCUCUAAACAAAAUGUCAACAAUUGGCUCCAGGGCAGACAAGAAUACAAGAUUAUGACAUUUCAACGGAAAAUAAGCUUGAUGCAAAACAAAAUCUGCAAUGGACCAUUUGCUGGGCGCACUUGGGCAAGUUUGGAUGGCGAACUUGUCAAGUUCAGCUCAGACCACCGGCCUCGGGCACGUUACCUCUACUUUCAUCACCUUUUCUGCUGCCAUCGCGCGGCCUGGGAUGCGAGCAACUUUAUGGAAUUCAAGGGCGACGCUUUAAAGGACCACUUUGGCGCACAGUAUUGGGGUACCGCUGGGACAUAUAUAACCGAAUGCUUCUUGAGAGGGUUCGUACUGGAGAUCGGACACGAGCACGAACACCUGCUAGAUCAUGCUAUCAAAGAUGGUGAUUCUAAACCCGACUAUACGAUGUCAAGCUUGAUGAGGAAUGCAAGUUACAAGGAGGAGGGAGGAGAAUCAGAGACGGACGAGGAGGACGAGGAGGAAGAGGAGGAUGAUGAGGAAGAAUCAGGGACGGAGGGGGAGGAGGAAUGGACGGGAUUCAAUACGUGA